AUGCCCACUUCUUCAUCUUCAUUCGACAUUCCCGAGGAAAGGCUCCACGAUUGGAGUCUUCGCUACGUCCGUCUCAAGGCCAUCGUGCUCCUCUUGCGAUCUCUCAACUCUUUACGACCUCUCAUAUAUCGCACACAGACACCUCUUCCUCAUGGAUUCGAGCGUCAGGUGGUAGACCUGCCUUCUCGUCAGUCAGGCCGCACCAUUCGCGUUCACAUCUAUCGCUCCAAGCUCACCUCGCCAUCUUCAGACGGCGUUCCUUCUCCUUUGCCAGUCCACAUCUCCUGGCACGGCUCUGGCUUUGUCCUGCCCAACCUUGGUGACGACUACGCAUAUGCCUCCCACAUCUUGAACAAGCUCGGGCCCGACUGCAUCUUUAUCGAUGCUGACUAUCGCAAGGCUCCCGAAUACCCUUUCCCUGCAGCAAGCCAUGAUGCCCAGGACGUUGUCAAUAACAUACUCUCCCAGCCACAGAUCUAUGAUCCCGAUCGCAUUACACUUGGUGGCUUCUCGGCAGGAGGCAACCUCGCUCUCGUCGUUGGCGCCCAGCUCGGCCCACAACGCAUUGCGGCUAUCGCCGCACUCUAUCCACCUGUCGACUUUACAAUUAGGCCCCAAGACCGUCCCCUCGCUUCCAAAGUCCGUCCUGACAGCGGAUUCCCACUUCCUACCUGGAUGAGCAAUGUCUUUAUCGAUUCCUACUUUGUCCGCCAACAAGACAAACAGCACCCACUCUGCAGCGUUUACUACCUCCAUGCCGAUCGCUUCCCUCCUCUCUUGCUCGCAUCCGGUCAGGUUGACACUCUCCAUCGCGCCUCUGAGAAGCUGAUUCGCAAGCUCGCAGAUGCAGGACGCACAGAUGUGCGCUUCAUUAGCAUCCAAAAGGAAGGUCACGGCUUCGACAAACUCCCUCGUGGUCCCGAAUCCAUCAAGCGCAGAGACUAUGUCUACGACCAGUUCGCUCACUUUUUGAAGCAAUCCUCCUCGCGCUCCUCAGCUAACCAAAAAGCCCAAUUAUAG